AUGAGUAAUCAGUGUCGUGUGGACAGUGUUUAUGAUAAGUGCGCAUAUAAAAACUGCCGCAACGGAAGAUAUUCGACAGGAACGCAUCUAUAUCGAUUUCCACUUGCUACAGAUGGGAGAUAUCACUUGUGGAUUCGCAACAGUGGAAAUACAAAACUGGAGCAAUGGUCUGCCAAUUCCGUUCGUCGUGCUGGCUUAUGUGCAGACCACUUUAAUGAAAAAUGCUUCAAAGGUAGGAAUAAAAAACGUUUAAGACGCGAUGCAGUCCCGCUGCGAUGGACCGAUAUUUCUUCACAUGAGGAAAUAGAUACUCAAGGUAUAUUUUUAGAAAAUGUAGAAAUGGUGGAAGACGUGACUCAUUCUCAAGAAAUAGAUAUUAACGAUGAAGUGAAGGCAAAUAAAAGUAAAGAAAUAUCAGCAGCAACAUUGCCUGCAAUUGUUCAAAAUAAUACGCUCAUAAAACAAGUAUCUCAACGGCCUCCAUUACGAACCUAUAUUUCACCACCUGUAACUUUUGAAAUUCCAUUAGAAGAAGAGAAUAUAAGAGAAUGGGUCCAUCUGGAACCGCCAUCAUUACAUAAUAUUAAUUCCACGCCUCAAUUAACAAGACAAGAGAAUAAGGAUAUGGAAAAAGAAGAUUCCAUAGAAAUAAUUAAGCAUUUAAAAUAUGAGAAUAAACGUUUGCGUGCAAUAAUAAGACGUUUAAAAUUUCGUGAUAUAUCCAAACAAGUGAGAAAGGUAAUGUUCAAUGUCCAGAAGUGGAAUUGUUUUAUUAAUCCAUCGAGUGAGCUUGUUAAGACGAUAGAGAAAUCGUUGAGUGCAAGCCAUAGUACUGUACAAUAUGACAUUGAUUCUGAAGACGAAUUAUUUGCAGAAGAUGUUGAAAUUCUAAGAAAACAUGCCAAUGUAGAAGAUACAGAAAAUUAA